CGUUUGAUUAAGCAUCGUUGCCACCGUACUCGUAAUCCGCAUACGUUCAUUCAAACUACCGUAACCUUUGUAUUUGUAUCGAGAGCACGUGAAGGUGCGGAACCGAUUGGUCCAUGUGUGAACGACAAAUGUCCUGACAGCCACAUUUGUGUGGCGGAUGAUUACAAGUGUUAUCCUAUCGAGUGA